UCGAAUCCUGAUGGGUUCAACCAUAUCAUCGAUCUUCGGGAGACUUUUUGGCAAAAUGAACAUGAGGAUAUUAAUGUUGGGUUUGGACGCAGCAGGUAAAACAACCAUACUGUACCGGCUGAAGCUCGGAGAGGUCUUCACCACCAUCCCUACCAUCGGGUUUAAUGUGGAGACUGUGGAGUACAGGAACAUCUGCUUCACCGUCUGGGACGUCGGGGGUCAGGACAAAAUCCGUCCUCUGUGGAGACACUACUUCCAGAACACUCAGGGUCUGAUCUUCGUGGUGGACAGUAACGACCACAAGCGAUUGUCCGAGUCUGCUGAUGAGCUCUCCAAAAUGCUGCAGGAAGAUGAGCUGAAGGACAUCGUGUUGCUGGUGUUCGCCAACAAACAGGAUCUACCCAACGCCAUGCCGGUCAGCGAGGUCGUAGAGAGACUGGGCCUGCAGAAUCUGCGCAGCCGAACGUGGUUUGUUCAGGCCGCAUGUGCUACACAAGGACCCGGACUCAUAGAAGGACUGGACUGGUUAGCCAAUGAGCUGUCCAAGCGCUAAUGCUGUCCAUCACCAUAGACCAAGAGACAGAGAGACAGAUAAAGUUUUCAUCUAUGGACUCUGUUAUAAUGUGUGUGAGUGUAUGUUUUGAAGCUUUUCUCAGCGUGCUCAGUGUGAAGGUGAGAUGUUAAUCAGAGCUCCUCCUCACUGUAACAGCUGAGCCGCCGCGCUGUGAGUCCUCACACUGUAACACUCCUGCACUCGUCCUUUAUCUUCCCCAAGUAAAAGCAGCAGGAGAAUCUGGAGGUGCCAUGAGAUCCACAUCUACUCCACACACACAUUCCAUUGGUGUCCCACAGGGCUUAGUACUUGGUCCUCCUCUGUUCUCCCCUGGUUUCCCCCGGAUCUCAGCACGUCUGGCAGACAUCUCAUUCCGUCAAGACCUUGUGUUCUCCCUGGGGUAACUGUGGUGGACAGUCAUCUAUCAUUUCCCUCGCACAUCACUCACCUUACUCGCUCUUGUCGAUUUCUUCUUUACAACAUCAGAAGACUCCGCCCAUUUCUUUCUUCGCAGGCUACUUAGGUGCUUGUUCAGUCCCUUGUUAUUUCUAGACUGAACUACUGCACCUCACUCCUGGCAGAUCUUCCUCUGUCCACCAUUUGUCCUCUGCAGCUGAUCCAGAAUGCAGCUGCACGUCUUGUCUUCUACUUUAAAGUUCUCCCACACCCCCACUCCUCCGCCCCUGCACUGGCUUCCUGUAGCUGCUGCAUCAAAUUCAAUACCCUGAUGCUCGCCUAUGAAGCUAAAAACAGCCCACCAUCCAUCUACCUCUCAGCUCUAAUCACACCUCGCACCACACCACGUUCCCUCUCAUCCUCUAGCAUCGCUCGCCUCGUCUCUCAGGCAUCGGACUGUUUUUUGUUCUGGCACUGAGAUGCUGGAAUGAACUUCCUCUAGAUGUCCGUACAGCAGAGUCUCUGGCAAUCUUUAAGCACCGACUAAAGACCCUGUCUGUUUCUGACAUAGUUAGGUUAAUCCACAGUCCAAAAAAAAAAAAAUUUCCUAAACAGUGUGUGACUGAUGGUAUUCACGAUUAACCCAGUGUCAGGAUCUUACGAUGGAAACAUCAAAGCACUUUUGUAGACUCUCUGAAGAAGAUCAUCUGCCAAAUGUAAUUGAGUCACUGAACCUGUGUGUUCCUCUUCCUCAAAGUCUUCCAGUCCGCUCUGAGGAACUGAAAUGAGCCGGACCCCCGCGUGAAUACACUUUAUGUUUAAGUUCACUGUUUAAUGAUCUGGACGUUUGAACAUCUGGACUGUUAACUCAGGGUACUAAUCUGCACUCAGGGUACGAAUCUUCUAAACAAAUAUAAGGUUUAAACUGUAUAGCUGUAUGAUGGAGCUUCCUUUAUGGGUUUAAUUCACUUCCUGUCUGUGAGAUACCGUCUCUUCUGUCCCAGGUCAGCCUCAUGCUGCAGGAUAAUCAUCCGGAACACCUCACACACAUAUUUGUGUGUGUGUGUGUUACAGAGUGCUCAUGUGAUAUUGAUCAUGACCUCGACCUGCCCUGCCUGGUCUGUCUGUGAUGUGCGGCGGCGUGUGUUAAGGUCAGCCCAUGAUGAUGCAAUAACAGCGUGCCUCUGAUGUUUCACCUGAUGGUGUUUUAGUUCUAAUAUUAGCUUUAUAUCUAACAGAUCCACACGCUGUGAUCCGAGCAGUACUGCCCUCUCACUCUCACACUUCCCUUUUAUUCAGAUUCGACUGAUUGAGAUUACACAUUGGGUUUCCUGAUGUUGCGUAAGUACAGAUUUCACCUCUCAGUGUUUGCAGGCGGUUUAGAAAUGAACUAUAACUCAGUUCAUGUAGCAUGUAUCACUUAGCAUGCAACUAAAAUCCAAAGGCAUCACGACACUACACAGAUAGAUUGUUUAUUCAGUUAUGUUUUAGCUAUAAGAA